AUGCAUAAGCCGGUGCUGUCUCAGCUUGUGUACAAUGCCAUUUUCCCGAGGCCGCGCACAAACGAACCAUCUACAUUUGCGUCCCUUAUCACCCGACAUCUUGUUCCUGAGGUUCGCAUCGAAACUUCCACUUUCUAUGGCACCCUUGACUGUAUUGAAGCCCAAUAUCCUGGGCUCGAUUAUUCCUUCCCCCCGCACCGAAUGAGGUUGGGUCGCUUCGCAUGGCAUCAGAAGUUGUUCAAGGCGUUCGACGAACUAGGAUUGACGGAAGCUGAAAUCGCUUCGCUUUGUCGUUGGGAGGGUACAAAGUGGGCUAGGGAUCGUUACGAACGGGAUAAAGCUGUCCAGGUUAGGGAUACCACGACAGACAAUAUUAGGUGUGCUACUCCGCCACUACCACCGUCGGUCUAUAUACAUAAAUACGUAGAAGAUACCCCCCGAAACCACCAGCUUCCGGAUCUUAAAAACGAAGACAGAUUCCCGGAAUUAGAAAUCAUAUCAGAGCUACACAGCCGCGAGGAAGACGAAGAAGAAACGAGUGAUGACGGUGAUGAAAUGGAAAGUUAUGGGGUUACGUUAAACCAACGUCUACUCCAGGCAGCGGAAGCGCGACAACAAGGAGCGGAUGUGUCUCUUGAUGAAGAUUGGGAGCAGUGGCUGAAGGAAGCCUCUGAACAUAAUGCAUACGUGGGAAUGCUUCAUGCAAUUCGAUCUGGCCGACCGCUAAACGUUUCGCUCACCAACAUGCCUUUACACUCGCCGCCGUCAUCAUCAGACACCGCGGCUGACCAGGCCCGUUCCAAUGUCAAACAGACGUUCCGGGUCGACAACUAUAAGAUCUAG